CAUACGUGCUGCAAGGAUGUAGCACCGGUCUGUGUUUAUGCAGGUCUGUUAAUGGCUGAAACCGUACGGAAGAAGUACCAUACCUAGGUACCUGACAGAUAUUCCUCCUGGGAGCUGGGAGGGACAAGAAACGGGUGACCCGAGCCAAAGAGUGUAUGCUGAAUCGAACUCCAUUCACUGACUAGCAACCAUGGUUCAAUCAGUUGCUCCAGAAGCUGUGAUACCCAUCGAAGCAACUCUGCUAGUCCUAGCACUCUUUUUGGCCUUCUGUCGUCUGAUACCACGACUUGUGCAACGACAGUAUCCAACGAUCAGCGACAGCUUUCUGAUUGCCUCGAUCUUCAAUGCCGUUGCACUUUUCGCUACCGAUGUCAUGACGUACCGCUGGGGUGGUAUGGGAGGUGAUGCAGCUGUUUCAGAGCCAUCAACUGCCCGUGCCAUCGGUCUCAAGAAGGUCCAAUUUGCUGGCAACUACUUCUAUGAUACUGGCAUCUACUUGCCGAAGCUUGCAAUCAUAGCGCUAUAUUUCCGUCUCUUCCCUGUCACUAUGCCAUGGCUGCGCAGAACACUUUACGUCGUUUCGUUCUUCACGGCCUCCGCCAUGAUUACGACGUGUUUCUUAGAUACGUUCUGGUGCGGUCGGCAAGUGUCAGUGAAUUGGUCGCUUGAUGAAGCUGCCUGCAGCACGUUCAACUCCAAAGUCGUGUUCAGGGUCGACUGGAUGAUGAAUAUCACGACAGACGUGCUCAUCUGCGUACUGCCGUUUCCCCUACUCCAUCAAUUGCAGCUCAAUCGUCGACAAAUAUGGGGACUUGUCGCAACCUUCUCUCUUGGAGUACUUACCAUAGUUGUGAGCGUGAUUCGUUUUGCAACUAUAGAAGUGAUCGAAGCGUGGACCAAUGUUUUCGUUCUGUCCAUGGCUGAAAUGGCCGUCGCGAUCAUGGUGGUAUCCAUACCAUCAAUGAGAGCAUAUAUUAGACGCGGUGGAAUCUUUGCUUCAAGACGCACGUGUGGUGAUUCAUAUUCGAAUCACCACCGCACACCCGUUGGGCGGUCCGAGCAUCUCAAGCUCUCGUCGAGUGACAAGAGCACACACGGCUCGCGAACACGCCAGAAUGAGGAGGAUUCCGGUAGCGAGGUCGAAUUGAACAUGUUGAACAGGAAAGACGUCAUCUACGAGACACGAAGGAUCAGCGUGCAAUUUUCGCCAGUCGACGAUAGUUUUGAGUACAAGAAGACGGACUCAAAACCUUAA